CCAUUCCGCUCAGUCUCUGCUCUGGAGGCUCGCUUAGCUCUUCCCGGAGCUAUAGACCUGUGACCUGAGAAGUGAGGGGUCGGUCUGCAGAGAGAACACUGGAAAGCCUGGAAGCCGAGAUGGCGAGUGUGCGAUGUGAAGAGCUGGGUCCAGAAGCUCUGCAGAUGGUGCGGUGGGAUCCAGGAUUGUGCAGAGAAGCUGUAUCCUGGGAGAUGUGCAGUGUCUCUUCUGGUUCCAGAUGAAUUUCAGGAGUGAUUUCUUGAGAUCUAUGAGGAACUGUUGACAUUCAAGGACGUGACUGUUGAUCUCUCUCUAGAGGAGUGGGAAUGUCUGGAUUCGGCUCAGCGGAAUUUGUAUAGGGAUGUGAUGUUAGAGAAUUACAGAAACUUGGUCUUCCUGGGUCUAGCUGUCUCUAAGCCAUACCUGAUUACCCUUCUGGAACAAAGCAAAAAACCCUGGAUUGUGAAAUGUCAGAAGGCAGCAGCUAUGCAUUCAGCUAUGUCUUAUGCCCAAGGAUUUUCAGCAGAGCAAGGCAUAAAACAUUCAUUUCAAAAAGUGAUGCAUCAAAAAUAUGGAGAUUGUGGCAUUAAAAAAUUAUACUUGAGAAAAGACUGGGAAAUUGUUGAAAACUUGGAAAACGCAAAAAUGGAUCUAGUCAGUGAUUCAGUUAACUAUUUGAACAAUUUCAAAGAUAGUUUUGGAUUAAAUUUUCAUGCAAACAUUUCUGUAGACACGAGAUUGAAAAUGGAUAAACAAAGUUCUAAAUAUUGUCAACUUGACAUAUGCUUUAAGAAAAGUUCAUUCUACAAUCAACAAGUAUGUGUACUGUGUGCAAAAAUAUACAGUUUGGAUAAGUACAAGGUGUUUACACAUCCAUUAAUGUGUAAGCAAAACUCUUAUAUAGAUCUCAUGGAAACCCAUGACAUACAUAAUGAACAUGGGAAGGCCUUUUGUGAGGGAGCUACCUUAAAUAAUUACCAGGAUAUUUAUAUUGGACAGAAAUUUUACCAGUGUGGUGAAAUUUAUAAAAACAUAAGCCAUUAUUCAAAUCCUAGUAAGCAUCAGUGUAUGCAUUUUCAAACAAGUACUUACAAAUGUGAUAAGUGUUGCAAAGUCUUUGAUCAGUGCUCAAAACUUACUGUCCAUCAAAGUACCCAUAUUCAACACAAGCUUAGUAAGUGUGUAGAACAUGGUAAAGCAUUUGCUAAUGAUUCUGGCUUUCAUAAACACCAGAGAAUUGAUACUGGAGAGAAACUCAAGUUUAAAGAAAGUGACAAAACCUUUUAUCAAAGCUCAACCCUUAAGAAACUCUACACAUGUAAAGAUUGUGACAGAGUCUUUAAAUAUUGCUCAACUCUGAUUCGACACCAGAGAAUUCAUAGUGGAGAGAAACCUUACAAAUGUGAACAGUGUGGAAAAGCCUUUAAAUACUGCUCAACUAUUAAUCAACACCAAAGAAUUCAUACUGGAGAGAAACCCUUCCAAUGUAAAGAAUGUGGCAAAGCUUUUAAUCAAAGGUCAAAUCUUACGAAGCACCAGAGAAUUCAUACUGGAGAGAAACCUUUCCAAUGUAAGGAGUGUGGCAAAGUCUUUUAUCGAAACUCAGCACUUAAUCAACACCAAAAAAUUCAUACUGGAGAGAAACCCUACAAAUGUAAAGAUUGUGGCAGAGUCUUUUAUCAAAACUCGGCCCUUAAUCAACACCAAAGAAUUCAUACUGGAGAGAAGCCCUACAAAUGUAAAGAAUGUGGCAAAGCCUUUAACCAAACUUCAACCCUUAAAAAACACCAUGUAAUUCAUAGUGGAGAGAAACCCUACAAAUGUAAAGAAUGUAGCAAAACUUUCCAUAGUUCCUCAAACUUAACUCAACAUGAGAAAAUUCACACUGGAGAGAAACCCCACAAAUGUAAAGAAUGUGGCAAAGCCUUUACUCGAAGUUCCACACUUAUGCAGCAUGAGAGAAUUCAUACUGGAGAGAAACCCUACAAAUGUACCAGAUGUGGCAAAGCCUUUAAUCUAAGUUCUAGUCUUACUAGACACCAAAAAACUCAACAUGAUUGAAACACAAAUGAAUGGUUGUGGCAGAACUUGAGCAAAGAAUAUGUUUUAGAGAGAAACAGACAUGUAAUAAAUGUGGCACAGCCUUGGUCAAAUUUCAGCCUUUACUGACACUGGAGAAUUUGCAUGGGAAAAAGACUAUAAAUACAAAGAUUAUGGCAGAAUCUUUAAUCAAAACUUGAAGCUCAUAUAAAUGUCUGUUUUUAGCUCCAUUUUUGUAAACCAGAUAAAGAACAACUUAUACUCAGUUUACUGAAAGAACAAAUCUUCUUAAUAGUUAAUUAAAUGUCUAUUUACUGCAGAAAUUUCAGUGAAUUUUGAAUUAUUGUUUGAGCCUAUGAAAUCUUUAUUUUUUUCCUGAAGAAAAAUGAGUGUUUCCUAAUGUAUUACUAGUUUUGAGUAUGGGAUGGCCUGUUAGUCUACCAUGAACAUUAAAUUCUUCCCUUACUCAAGGUUGUAGAUAUCUGGUGGUAAUAAUUAUACUGCUGGGUUAACAGUAUAGUGAUAUGUCUCAUAAUCUUUGUCCUAGAGUCAUUUAACUUCACAUACUUUUGAAACCAUUAUUUCCAUAAAUCAAUUUUACUCUUUCAUUCUUUUUGUAAUUGGAAAUAUAGUGGGCAUAGAAAUAAUAAAGCCUUUGCUUUCUUGAUUCAUGUUUAUACAUUUUUAACCUACUGAAAAUUUUUUUUUCCACAGUUCACCCCUUUGGGACUAUAAAGGACACACAAGUUUGAUAUUAUGUUAUCUGACAUUGUAUGUAUUACUAUAUAUAUAUAUAUAUGUUUGUUUGGUACACAUGCCAGGCAAGUACUGAGGCCAAUGAGCUAAAUCCCCAGCCCUGUAUUACUAUUUUAUAAGAUUCAGGCAUAGGAAAAUAUAGAAUCACUGUAUUUGUGUAAGUUUUUGUAUAUCACCUAUGGAGAAUAAAGAGAAUUCUUUUGAGGUGGUGUCACUAUGUAGUUUAGGCUGGCCUUGAAUUAUGUAGCCUUGUGUGCCCUUGAAUUUAUAAUAGUCCUUCUACCUCAGUCUCUGAAAUAUUGGGAUUACAGGCAUGUCCAGUAUGCCCAGCAGAAAGGGGAUUAACUAAAGAUAAUUUUAAAAGACUUAUUUAUGAAAAAAAUAUAAUUUUAUCCCCUUGAGAGUCCUUUCCUGCUUUAUCUGCCUUCCCACCUUUUUGGCUUGUUAUUCAUGGAGAACCUAAUUAGUCAGAGUUCAUUAAAUAAUCUUCAGAGUAUUUAGAGGUUUUUUUUUUUUUUUGAUACUUUUGCUUCCAAAGUUAAUUUGUAAAAAUAGUUCAUGGUAAUUAUACUGAAGCAUUUUCUUUAAUUAUGCAGUUCCAUUGUUUCCUUCUAAGUAAUCCUUUCGAGUCAUUUUAACUUAAUGUUCUUCUAUUUGAUUAAUGACCUUAGAAAGUGUCUUGGUUACUUUUCUCUAAUUGCUGAGACAAAACAUCUGACACCCAAAAUGAAGGAAGGAAGGAAGGAUUUAUUUAGCUCACAGUUUGUGGAGGUUUCAGUCCAUGAUCAGCUGGUUCCAAGGCAGAGUGGUACAUGGCAAAGGGCAAUAGUCCAUGAUGGUGGAAAACAGCACAAGCAACAGGAGCAAAAGGGAAGAAGCAUGGAGAGAAGACUUUCCCUUAUAUUGUAUGGAGGCCACACCCAGUUGGGUGUAGCAUAAUCCUAAUCCCCAUAAUGGACUGUGAGUCAUUCACAGUCUCUAGGAGCCUACCUCAAUAUGAGGCUUUGGGUGGACAUCCAGACUCAGACCAUAACAGAAAAUUUAAAGUAUGCCUGGAGCCAGUUUAAAUGAAAAUUUCUGAGACUUCAUGAAUCAUGAAGUUGUUUUAAAAUUCUUUUAAAUUCUAGGACAUAAGCUCACAGAACAGUUCUAAGUAUAUAACAGAAACUCCAUAAUUAUUAGAAAAGUGUUCAUAUUAGGAUGAACUCUUUGCUUCAUGUAAGAGAAUGAAAAAUCCAAGGUAAUUGAUAUUAAUUCUAUGCAUACACAGAUAAUGCCCGUUCUAUGACUGUAUACAUGACUCUGAAUUAAAGAACAAUUGUUUUCGUAUGUUAAUUAUCUCAAAUGUGUCAUUGAUGUGUAGUUCCUCACAGAUCUACACAUGCGUUGUAGCUGUUUCCUUCAUUGCCUGUGCUGUGUUCCUUGACCUGUCCUUCCCAUUUCAUGUCACACCGAAAUAGUUUUAGUUAUUCGAGUGGCUUUGAAAUUUUCUGCUAUAAGGACAAGUUGAAUUGUGUGUGUGUUCUACAUUUUAAUUAAUAUGUCAUUUUAAUUAUAGGGUACAGUGUGAAGUUUAAAUGUAUAUCUAUGCUAUACAGAUAAGUCACAAUAACUGCCCUGUGUAUCACUUGAAACAUGAUGUCUUGUAAAAGUAACCAGACCCCUUUCUCUUGGUUAAUUUGUUAUACAUAAGCACAUUAUUAUUAGUUUUAGUCAUUCUGUGUCAUGGCCAUCUGAGAACCCCUGUACCUAGUCCCCCAAAGGACAAUGUAUCCAAGCCUCAGUAUAAUAAAAAUGACAACUUUUUUCUUAAAA